AGCGGCCUACCCCCACUUCGGGCGAGAUGAGCGGCACCGACGACGAGGGCGAGGUCGACGGCGACGAGGACGACGACGAGGGCGACGAGACGCCGCCCGCCGAGGCCGUGGGCACGAUUGGCCCGCCGCCGAGCGUCUGCCCGCUGUGCCUGCAGGACCUGCCGCGCGGGCCCGGGUCGCCCAGCUCGCGAGCGCACCGCCGGCCUCGCGCGACGCUCCGAGGGUGGCUCCUCCCGCUACCCGCAGGCGAGCACGACGGCGAGGCGACCGAGUCGGAGGGGCACGGGCGGUGGAGCGACUCGGAGGUGGACCUCGACCUGGACGACAGGCGGCGCACGGUCGCGCGCGGCGGGUACGGCAGCAGGACGGUCGACGGCCAGUCGUACUUUGACCUCCUGAGCGAGGUCAACUCGCGCGCGACGACGCCGUCGUCGACUGGGGCCCGGGCCCGCGCCUUGCCGACGCCGACGGGCGCGCACGAGACGGUCGCCGGCGCAGCAGGUCCGGCGGCGGCGGGGCGAGACGGGCGGCUCGACGAGGGUCAGAUGAACGAGGGCUACUUUGCGCGGUUCUUCGAAGAGCUGCAGCUACUCGGCAAAGGCGGGCAAGGGAGCGUCUACCUCGUGCGACACGUGCUCAAUGGCGAGGCGCUCGGUCUGUACGCCUGCAAAAAGAUACCCGUCGGCGACUCGACCCCGUCGCUCCUGUCGAUCCUGCGCGAGGUGCACCUCCUCGAGUCGGCCACGCACGCCAACAUCACGCGGUACCACCACGCCUGGCUCGAGACGUCGCCGUCCCGCAGCGCCUUUGCGCCGCCCGUCCCGACCCUGCACAUCCUCAUGGAGUUUGCCAACGGCGGGAGCCUGCAGGGCUUUGUCGACGCGAGGAAGGGCACGUCGACGCCGACGGGCGAGGAAGGCGGGCGAGAGAGGGCGAGGCGCGCGAGGCGGGAGGGCAGGGAGCGAGCGGUGCACCUCUUGCGCGUCGAGGACAUCAUGACGCUGUUCCAGGACAUCGUCGAGGGCCUGUCGUUCCUCCAUGGGCGCAACAUCCUGCACCUCGACCUCAAGGCGGAGAACGUCCUCCUGCACUGGGACGACGAUGCGCUCCUCCCGACUUGCAAGCUGAGCGACUUUGGCAACGCGACGUCCGACUCGUACCAUGCCGAGCGCCGAGGCGGUUCGGGCACCCUCCUCUACACGCCGCCCGAGGCGUUCUUUCUCUCGCCGCACACGGGCCAACUACCUCCUCCCGACCGCGCCACCGACAUGUGGGCGCUCGGGCUCGUCCUCUACCUCCUGUGCUACUUUGCGCUCCCGUACGCGAGCGCCGAGGGCGACGACACGGGCGAGAUGGAGGACGAGGUCAAGCGUUACGGCGGCUUCCAUCCUUUUGCGCCACUUCCACCUGCCGCCUCGGCACGACACGACCUUCCUCCCUCCCUCCUCGCCCUCCUCCAGGCGCUCAUCCACCGCUCCCCGACUCGUCGCCCCUUGUGCGAGCGUGUGCUGCGCGCCAUCGACGGCGUCCGGAUCGAGCUCAAGCGCGGAUGGCGCUCGGCAGGGCGAGACGGCGAGGGCGAGGAGGUGGUCCUAGCGGCGCCGAGAGGGAGAUGGGCCGCGAAGCAGUCGUUCGUGAGCGAGCGGCCGCCGCUGUGGAGGCCGCAGCGAGGGAGGAGCGUGAGCCGGCUCGAGAGCGCGCGGCUCGGCGACAGGGCGGUCGAGGUCGAGGUCGAGGAGCCCGAGUCGAGGGACGACAGCGAGUGGAGGGUCAGCCCGCCUCUGCAACGUCGACCGGCCUCGAGCCGCACAUCUUCCACCCCCUCGCUCCUCUCCCGGUCCCGGUCCUCCUCCCUACCGCCACUUCCCCCACCUUCACGCCCUCCUCUACCUCUUCCACCGCCCUCGAUCACCCCGCCGAGUCGACCGUCGACACCGCCGACGAAGCAAGAUGCCGCGCAGCGGCCCGAGCGGCCAGCUGUCGUCGGGUCGGAACGGCAAAGGGUCGCCCGCAGCGCAGAAACGGGCAUUGCGACGGCCGUCGCGCUCUCUGCGGCCAUGCUAAAGCUCUUCUUCCUCGCCCGACUCGCCUCGUCCUCGCCCGCCCCGCCGACUUGCGCGCCACCACACGUUGGCCCGACCGCCUGUACCACUUCCGUCGUCCCGCUCUCGGUCGUCGCCCUCCUCGUCCUCGAAACGGCGCUCGACUUUGCGCUCGCCGACCCGAGCUGGACGGCCGCCAUCGCCCUCGUGCACGUCGUCGCGUUGCGGUGGCUGUAGCAGAGCCUUCCGCUCGAGUAAUGUCCUCUUUACCUCUC